GUAUGACAACGGCUGGGCACCUCGCCGGCUCUGCCCAUCUCUGGACACCUCUAUGUGGGAGGAUGAAGGUGGAGGAGGGGUGGAGGAUGAGGUGUCCCCCCAGCCCAGGACACAUGUGUACCUCCAUGCCACCUGGCGCAGCGGCUCGUCCUUCCUGGGUGAGCUCUUCAAUCAACACCCGGGGGUCUUCUACCUGUACGAACCAGCCUGGCACAUGUGGCAAUCGCUGUACCCCGGAGACGCGGAGAGCCUGCAAGGGGCGCUGCGGGACUUGCUCCGCUCCCUGUUCCGCUGCGAUUUCUCCGCCCUGCGUCUCUACGCGGGGGAUAACCUCACCACCGCGGGGCUUUUUGGCUGGAAGAAUAACAAGGUGAUCUGCAGCGCCCCCAUGUGCUCCGCGGGGUAUAACUCGGCUUCGACCGCUGGAGGGUCUCGGGACAGGGUGGGGCUGAUUGAGCCUAAGGAUUGCGAGCAGCGUUGUCCGGCUCGGCCACUGCGGGACUUGGAGAAGGAGUGCCGCCGGUACCCAGUGGUGGUGAUUAAAGACGUGCGACUGAUGGAGGUGUCGGCUCUGCUACCGCUGCUGCUGCAGGAUCCUGGGCUCAACCUGAGGAUAGUACAGCUUUUUCGGGACCCGCGAGCCAUGCAGAAUUCCCGACUGCGUUCCAAGCGCUCUUUGUUACGGGAAAGUCUACAGGUGCUGCGGAGCCGGUUGCGGGGAGGGGAUCCAGCCAGCAGAGCGCAGCAACAACAGCAGCUGCACCGCGGGGGAACGGACUUCCUGUUGAGCGGUUCCCUGGAGGUGAUCUGCCAGAGCUGGCUGCAGGAUCUCCUCUUGGUGAGGGGCCAUGGCCCAUCCUUGCUGCGCCAGCGCUACCUCAAGGUUCGUUAUGAGGAUUUGGUACUCUCCCCUCGCAAGGAACUCAGCCGCCUUCUGCACUUCACUGGGCUGCCAGCUGUGCCUGAGCUAGAUGACUUUGCGAUGAACAUGACUAGAGGACCCAGCUACUCCUCAGAUAGACCCUUCCUGGUAUCUGCCCGCAAUGCCAGGGAAGCUGUGAGUGCCUGGCGGGAGAGGAUGAGCAGAGAACAGGUUCGCAGGGUUGAGGAGGCAUGUGGUGAGGCCAUGCAGAUUCUUGCCUACAAAGCUGAGGCAGAUGACAGAGCUGUGUGA